AUGGUUAGCCGGAUAGUCAAUCCCACUGAGGGGAACACCGUCCUCCUCUUCGGUCCCCAGGCAUUAUCAUUCAACCAAGAAGCCUUCCUUAAAUUACGUGCAACGAUUCUGGGCUCACCUGCUUAUCAAUGGGUGCUCAACGUCGUUGAUGAGUUGCCUACCAUAUGGACUACACUAGUCAAAAGCAUCCCAAAAUUAGAGGUGAUCGAUGGAGCGAAGGAGUUGAAGAACCUGAGUGACUGGAUCAGAUCGGGUGACAUUUACGAAGAUUCAUUUCCCCUUCCGAAUAUUCUCCUCAGCCCGCUUGUUGUCAUCACCCAGUUGACGCAAUAUGCAAAUUACAUCGAAGAACACCCAGAGCUACGGAAGUCGGAUGACACAGAGACCCUGGGCUUUUGUACAGGUAUUCUCAGUGCACUUGCUGUAUCCAGCAGUGCUGACGAGGGUCAGUUCGCAAAGUAUGGCUCGGUCGCAGUGCGCCUUGCAAUGGUUAUCGGAGCCAUUGUGGAUGCACAAGACGCACCAAGCGAACGGGGUCCUUCGAAAUCACUUGCAACUGCAUGGAACUCAGCCCAUGGCGAAAAUGAACUAAAGCGUAUCCUGACCGAGUUUCCCGAGGCGUACAUUUCGGUGAGCUAUGAUCAGCGCCGCGCAACUGUCACAACAUCGACCAAGACCAUCGCGGCUUUACAGAAAGCUCUCCGUGGCGCUGGUAUCAUUGCAAAUGAAGUUGGCCUCGUCGGCCGUUUCCACAGUGACUCGCACAGGAACGAAAUCGAUUCUGUCAUCGAGUUUACCAAUAGACAACCCAAAUUCCAAUUUCCGGAGUUGUCCGAUCUACUUCUUCCGACGCGAUUUACCAACAAAGUCAAGGAUAUAGCCAACGGCAAGCUUCAUCAUGCUGCUUUGCGCCAAAUCCUGGUUGAUAAAUCGGAAUGGUAUCAGUUGUUUGAGUCUGUGCAAGAGACACGCUUGAGUGACAAGACUUCGCUCCUUCUUUCAUUUGGCCCAGAGCGACCAGUACCUCCUUCCAUCAUGCGAGUGCUCAGCUCUCAAGUUGUUCAUAUCGCCGAUGUGAGCGGAAAGACGGGCCAAGAGCCUGAGACCAAUCCACAUCUGAUUGGUGAUAAUGAUAUCGCUGUCGUUGGCAUGUCGCUCAAGGUCGCUGGCGCUGAUGAUGUUGAGGAAUUUUGGGAGCUCCUUCUCAAAGGCGAAUCGCAACACCAGGAGGUUCCCAAGGAGAGAUUUUCAUUUGAGACUGUCUUCCGAGAUAUUGACCCUAAGCGAAAGUGGUUUGGAAACUUCAUUCGAGACCAUGACGCGUUUGAUCAUAAAUUCUUCAAGAAGAGUCCGCGUGAGAUUGGAUCGACAGACCCACAACAAAGGCAUAUGCUGCAGUGUGCUUACCAGGCCGUCGAGCAAUCUGGUUACUUUCGAUCAAAGAGCAUCGAUAAGAAGAUUGGAUGCUAUGUUGGUGUUUGUGCAGCAGACUAUGAGAACAACAUUGCGUGUCACGCCCCGAAUGCCUUCUCAGCCACUGGAAACUUGAAGAGUUUUAUCGCUGGUAAGAUCAGUCAUUAUUUUGGCUGGACCGGCCCAGGCUUGACUAUUGACACGGCUUGCUCGUCGUCCGCUGUUGCUGUUCAUCAGGCUUGCCGUGCAAUCCUGAGCGGCGAAUGCUCCGCAGCUUUGGCUGGCGGUACCAACAUUAUGACCAAUCCACUUUGGUUUCAAAAUUUAGCAGGAGCUUCUUUCCUCAGUCAAACUGGGCAGUGUAAGCCCUUUGACGCCAAGGCAGAUGGAUACUGCCGUGGCGAGGGUAUCGCUGCCGUGUUCCUUAAGAAGCUUUCUUCUGCAAUCGAAGACGGGGACCAAAUUUUGGCAACUAUCGCAGGCUCUGCUGUUUACCAAAACCAGAACUGCACUCCAAUCUUCGUCCCAAACGCACCAUCUCUCUCAGACCUCUUCCGCGAUGUUGUUGGUCAAGCUCGCCUGGAGCCGAAGCAGAUCACUGUCGUUGAAGCACAUGGUACUGGUACCCCAGUUGGGGAUCCCGCCGAAUACGAAAGCAUUCACAACGUGCUCGGUGGUACAAAUCGAACAACAGCUCUUCAGUUUUCGUCCGUCAAGGGCUUAAUCGGCCACACUGAAUGUACAUCGGGACUAAUAUCUCUUGUUAAGACCAUUCUCAUGAUUCAAGAGGCCAGAAUUCCCCCACAGGCCAGCUUCUCCUCUAUCAAUCCUCAUAUACACCAUAGUCCGGACCACCACAUGGAAAUACCUACAAAGCCUUUGACCUGGAAUGAGAAUUUCCGCGCUGCAUUAAUCAAUAACUACGGUGCUUCCGGUUCAAACGCUUCAAUGGUGGUCGUGCAGGCUCCAUUCACAGACAAGUCGGCACCAGCGGUGGAAGGAUCCAAGUCCCCAUUCUGGUUCACCGGUCCGGAUGAUCGCAGCUUGCGGGCUUACGCAUCGCGAUUUGUUAAGUUCCUACAGUCCAAAUCUGUUUCGUCGAAGAACUUGACAUUAAGCAAUGUUUCCUUUAAUGUGUCCCGCCAAUCCAACAGAGUUCAUGAUAAGGGUCUAAUCUUCAAUGCUGCUUCUCUGCAGGAGUUAGAGCAAAAGCUAUCGUCCUUUACCAAUGGGCAGUCGGAGAUUACAUCUCAGUCAAAAGUUGCAAUUAGACCUGUUAUCCUCUGCUUCGGAGGUCAAGUGUCCACCUUCGUGGGUCUCGAUCAGCAACUUUAUGAGAACGUUACCAUUCUUCGCCAACACCUGAAUGACUGUGAUGCCAUAAUAACUAAGCUUGGACAGAGCAGUAUUUUCCCAGGAGUCUUUCAGAAAGCUCCUGUUGAGGAUCCGGUGCACUUGCAGACAAUGCUCUUUGCCGUUCAGUACUCGUCAGCCAAAGCUUGGAUCGAGUCCGGCGUUGAGCCUGCAGCUAUCGUGGGUCACAGCUUUGGAGAAUUGACUGCUCUUUGUAUCUCAGAAGCACUUGACCUUGAAGAUACUAUCAAGAUGAUAAUCGGCCGCGCAAAGAUUAUUCGCGAAAAUUGGGGUGCUGAGAAGGGCGCGAUGAUGGCAGUGGAAGGUGACCUAGACCAAGUUCAGAGCCUGCUUGCUGAGUCGGUCGUUGAAGGAGAAAAGGCAGCAACCAUCGCUUGCUACAAUGGACCUCGUAGCUUUACCCUUGCUGGGUCCGCGAAGGCCAUUGAAGAAGUGGCCAAGACUGCAUCCGCCGGUGCUUUCUCCUCGAUGCGUACAAAGGUGUUGAAUGUUACCAAUGCCUUCCACUCUACUUUGGUAGAUCCAUUAAUGGACGAGCUUGAAAAAGUAGGCAGUGAAUUAACUUUCUGUCAGCCUACUGUUCGUCUAGAGAGGGCUACUGAGACUGGCUCCAGUGGAUCCUUGACUUUCAAGUUCGUUGCAGAGCAUAUGCGCCACCCCGUCUAUUUCAAUCAUGCCGUGCAGAGACUGGCUCAAGAAUUUCCCUCCAGUAUUUGGCUCGAGGCGGGAUCCAAUUCAACGAUUACAAGUAUGGCCAGUCGUGCUCUAGGGUCAUCUGGGGAGCAUCACUUCCAGGCUAUCAACAUCACGAAUACUUCCGGCGGAUUGACUAAUCUCAGUGACGCAACAGUGAGUUUGUGGAAGAAUGGCCUCGAUAUCUCCUUCUGGGCCCACAAUUCCAAGCAAACCUACUCUUAUGCACCGCUGUUACUGCCUCCGUAUCAAUUUGAAAAGGCACGUCAUUGGAUUGAGAUGAAAAAGCCCCCCAAGGCCAGUACAGAGCCUACUGUUGUUGAAGUGGUGAAGACCACUGCGGAGGAAAUCCCAAAAACUCUUUUGACUUUCGUUGGUCACCAAGAUAGCCAUCAGCGAGAACCUCGCUUCCGUAUUAAUACCAUGAUACCGAAGUAUACAGAAUUGAUUACCGGUCAUGUUAUUGCUAAUACCGCAGCAAUUUGUCCUGCUACUGUGGAAGUCGAUCUGGCAAUCGAGGGUCUUCGAACUCUUUACCCAGAUGUAACUGAAACAAUGCAGCCUCAAAUUCAUUCAGUUGAUAAUCAGGCUCCAAUCUGUGUCGAUCCGUCACGCUCUGUUUGGCUCGAGUAUCAAGCUCUCGAUGACGCUGCUCAUACCUGGAGCUUCAAGAUCUUUAGCACUGGCUCUGGGAAAGCUGCAACGACCACUCAUGUUACUGGAAAGAUUGUUUUCCGAGGUUUGGAUGACCCUCAAUUCCAAGCCGACUUUGCUAGAUACGAGCGUUUCGUCAGUCAUGAACGUUGUGCAGCUCUACUAAAAGCGGAGGAUGCGGACGAUGUUAUCCAGGGUCGUAACAUCUAUAAGACUUUUGGUGAGAUUGUUGACUAUGGCGAAGAAUACCGGGGCUUGCAGAAACUGGUUGGUAAAGGUACUGAGUCUGCUGGUAGAGUUGUUAUGAAGCCAUCUGGUGAAACAUGGCUGGACGCCCAUUUAUCCGAUGCCUUCAGCCAGGUUGGUGGAAUAUGGGUCAAUUGUAUGACGGAUCGUCAGCCGACGGAUAUGUUUAUUGCGAAUGGCUUCGAGCAAUGGAUCCGAUCCCCUAAGGCGCGAUCUAGCGCAGAGCGCCCCGCAACAUGGGAUGUGUUUGCUCUUCACCAAAAGCAUGGCGACAAGGCAUAUGUUACCGAUAUUUUUAUCUUCAAUGGGAUCAAUGGCGAACUCGACGAGGUCAUUCUUGGUAUCAAUUAUGCAAAGGUUGCAAAACUUUCAAUGAGCAAGCUGCUCAGCCGCCUGACGGCUACGGAUAGUGGUGCUGGUUCUGCUGCUCCAUCAGCAGCGGCCAAGUUGCAUCCUGGGAUUGCGAUGGCUGCAUCGGCUCCAGCCACAUCGUCGAAUGUUGCAUCAAUCCCUGCUGUGAAAAAGACUAAGAAGGCCCCAAAAACACCCAAAGCACCCAAGAAGAAGGUAUCCUCUAGCCAACAGGACAUCACGGGCAGAGUACGAGCAAUGCUGGCAGAACUAUCAGGCCUUGAGCCUGAGGAGAUCAAAGAAGACGUCGAGCUUGCAAAUAUUGGCAUUGAUUCUCUAAUGGGUAUGGAGCUUGCAAGAGAAAUCGAAAAUAUAUUCAAGUGCUCCUUGCCAGAAGAACAGCUUGUGGAGGUGACCACGUUCCAAGGACUUUUGCAAUGUAUCCGCACCAACCUGCCAGCAUCUACAGACGAAACCGAAGAUGUUGAAGAAGAGGAUGAGGAUGAAGAGGAUGACGACGAUGAUGAUGACGAGUCUCUUGAUGAUGCGAGGGUGUUCACGCCAUCCGAUGCUGCUACUAGCGUUUCAUCAACCAGCAAGGCAGAUGUAAUCGAGUUCCUCGUCGAGUUCUUGGGAAUCGAGGAAAGCAUUGUCACCAGAAGCACACUUCUUCGCGACCUUGGCGUUGACUCCCUGCUUUCUACCGAGUUGCGCGCCGAUAUCUCGUCCAAGUUCGGGGUCGAUGUGCCCGAGGAAGUGAUGUUGGAGGAUCUGUCGGUGGAAGAAUUUGACGUCCAAAUCAACGGAUCUUCUUCGGCAGGUGUGGCCUCAGAGCCUGAGGCACUCAAGUCUGCUCCGUCCAUUUUGGCACCUGGUCCUUCCUCUUCAAGCGCGUCACGUGCCACAGGAGGCAACCUCGACCUCCCCGCCUCGACUCUCCUCGAGGCUUUCCACGAGACAAAAGUCCUCACUGACAAGUUCAUCGAAGACUAUCGCUGUGCCGGCUACAUCGACACUGUUCUCCCCAAACAAGACCAACUCUGUAUCGCCCUGGCUGUCGAGGCCUUUGAACAACUUGGAGUGUCGCUCAAAGCAGCUAAGCCAGGUCAGAAAUUGGAGCCUAUCAAGCACCUGCCUCAACACAAUCGCCUUGCUGAAUACCUCUACAUGAUGCUCGAGAAAGGCGCUCGCUUGAUAGACAUCGACGCCAAUGGUACAAUUACACGAACUGCAGUAGCAACCCCUACCAGGUCGAGCAACGAUAUUUGCCAGCAGCUGGUCAGGGAUUACCCAGAUCACAACUUUGCCAACAGACUCACGCAGUUUUGUGGACUUCGUCUUGCGGAUGUCUUGACCGGCAAGAUGGACGGUAUCAAGCUCAUCUUCGGGUCGCCUGAGGGACGCGAACUAGUCUCUGGCCUUUACGGUGAUUCGCUCUUGAACAAGUUGGCGUACGAGCAGAUGAAAGAUUUCCUUCGCCGCCUUAUAUCCAAGUUGCCCAAGAACGAAGGCCCGUUGAAGAUUUUAGAGAUGGGAGCUGGCACUGGAGGCACCACCAAAUGGAUUGUGCCAAUGCUGGCGGAGUUGAAUUUCCCCAUUGAAUAUACUUACACCGAUUUAGCACCAUCUUUCGUGGCUGCAGCACGCCAAAAGUUCAAAGCCUAUCCCUUUAUGAAGUUCCGUGUCCAUGACAUUGAGAAACAGCCUGCAGACGACUUACUUGGGACCCAGCAUCUCAUUCUCGCAAGUAAUGCUGUUCAUGCCACCCACAGUCUCACCGUAUCUGCGCAAAACAUUCGCAAGGCACUACGACCAGACGGCUUCUUAAUGAUGCUUGAGAUGACAGAAACCGUAUACUGGAUUGACGUGAUUUUCGGUCUACUCGAAGGCUGGUGGCUCUUUGAGGACGGGCGCCGUCACGCGAUCGCUCAUCAAUCACGAUGGGAGAAAGACCUAAAGUCGGUAGGCUUUGGACACGUGGACUAUACUGAUGGACACCGCCCAGAAGUUAAUAUUCAGCGCAUCUUUAUCGCGCUAGCUUCCGGCCAGAGGUACGACCGAAUCCCUAUCCCACCCAAGGCUGUUACGAAUGAAGCUCCGAAAACUGACGUUGUGGCACGUGAAGCGGCCGUCAGUAAAUAUCUCCAGAAGGCAGUCAGCGGCUUCACUGCAAUUUCUAUCUCCUCACCUGCCCAUCCAGUCAUGUCAAAUCAAGGCGUACUUGUCACGGGAGCGACCGGCAGCGUCGGGUCUCAUUUGGUUGCCCACCUGGCCAAUCUACCAUCUGUCAAGACAGUCUUCUGUGUCAACCGAGUCAGUCGUUCAGAUGCGCUAAAACGCCAGCAAGAAGCACUUCUGUCUAAAGGAAUUAUCCUGACUCCCGAAGCACUUUCAAAGUUAGUGGUGAUUGAAACGGAUACACACAAGCCUUUGCUCGGUCUUCAGCGCGGCGAAUACGAUCGUCUUGUCCGUGAUGUGUCUCACAUUGUCCACAACGCUUGGCCAAUGAGUGGCAAACGGGCCUUGAUGGGUUUUGAACAACAAUUUGUUGUAAUGAGAAACCUCAUUAACCUAGCCAAUGAAGCUUCAGCGAGCGGUCCUCGGAAAAUAACCUUCCAGCUCAUCUCUUCAAUUUCCACUGUGGGCUAUUAUCCGAUAUGGAGUGGAGACCGCAAUGUACCGGAAAUACGUGUCGAAAUGAACUCCGUGCUUGAUAACGGAUAUAGCGAUGCCAAACUCGUCUGUGAGCGAAUGUUGGAUGAGACGCUUCACAAGCACCCCGACAGAUUCAGACCUAUGGCCGUUCGAUUAGGUCAAGUUGCGGGAUCUAGCACAAGUGGUUACUGGAAUCCAAUGGAGCAUUUUUCAUUCCUGAUCAAAUCGUCACAAACGUUGAGGGCUUUCCCAGCUCUCGAAGGUGAACUGUCUUGGACACCUGUUGAUGCGGUCGCUGGUACACUAAGUGAUCUGAUCUCAGGGGACCAUAGACCAUAUCCAAUCUACCACAUUGACAACCCUGUCCGUCAGCAAUGGCGGGACACAAUCCCAGUACUAGCAGAGGCUAUGGGUAUUCCUUCAAGCAACGUCAUCCCAUUUAAAGACUGGGUGGGCAUGGUGCGACGGUUCCCUGGGUCUGAGGUAGACAAUCCUGCGUGGGCCCAGUAA